AUGUGUAGAAGAUUUGGUAAGACUGACAGGGUUUCAUCUGAAGAUGAGAUCAACAAUGAUAACAAUAAAGUUGAUUUAUAUGAUAAAGAGAUUGAAAAGAUUAUGAACAAUUUUGAAGGAGUAGGAAAAAAUGUUGCAUCAAUUGCAUCAUCAUUUUUUAAUCUUACUGCACAAUCUUUACAAAAUUUCCAAGAAAAGGCUAAUGAGAUUAGUACUGAAGUAUUAAAGGAUGGUAAUUUUGAUCAAAUUCAACUGCAAGUUAAAGGAAUUUUUGGUGAUGAGGAAGAUGGAUUCAGAGUUACUGAUAAGAAUGAUAAGGGUGGAGUAUCCAAAGAAAUUGAUGUUUACUUCCCUCGUCCUUACCAAGACAGAGAUCCUGUUACUUUGAUCAACAAGCAUUUGAAAGGGUUUUUCGAUGGUGAUUCUCAAGGAUCAAUUACCCCAUCAUUUGGAUUUGGAGAUUUCUUUGGACCUUCAUGGAAACGUGGUAGAACUCCAUUUGGAUAUUAUUCUUUGAAAAAUCCAAAUGAAAGAAGUUACCGUGAUUGUAUGGCUAAAGAUGGACAAUCUGUUUGGGAUUCCAAUGGAUAUUGGAGAUGUUUGUUCCCCAAUGCAGUCGUUCCUCCUGAUUAUUUGAAAUUAAAGAAUGAACAAUAUAGUGAGGAAAUUCUCACUAAGGAUGAUUAUUUGGAUGCAAUUAAUGCAAAUGGGAUUGAUCCUAAUAGUAGUAAAGUUGAUUUGGGUACCAAGGGUCUUUUUUUCAAUCAAUUUACCGAUUAUUUGAAUUGGAAAAAUGAAAUGUACAAGAAUAUUAAACGAGAAAGACAAUGUUCAAGAAGACAAAAAAUAAUUGAAAAAGAUUUGAAUUUACCUAUUGAAUUAAAUAAACAAGAACAACAACAACUUUCAGAAUCAAUUGAUAAUAAGAAAGUUGUUUCAUAUUCUGUUCAAUCAUCAUAUCAAUCAGAUAAUGAAACCAAUUCAAUUGUUUUAAAUGAAACUAGAGAAGAAUACUACGAUGAUGGAACUUCAUCUACCAAGACAAUUACUAAAUCCAAGCCAUUCGAUGCAAAGGAUUGGACUAGUAUUGUUGAAAAGGUUAAUGGAGUUGAAGAGAAACACCAAACAUCAGUUGAACCAAACGGAUGGUUUUGGAAGAAUGAGAAAUGA